CACAGCGUGCAGUUACUUCCUGUACAUGAACAGAAAUACAACAAACAUUCAAAUUGUGCAGGAAAUAGUUAAACUUUCGCCAUAUGCAGCCAGCUGACUGACCACGUGACUUUGCGGAAGUGAGCGUGUCAACAACAUGAGCGAGGAAUGGCGCGUUAUUUAGCCCUAGUUUUCACCUUUUUAUGCGUGAAUGGAGUGGUUUGUGGGCACGGUUCAUGCGGGGCCGAGCAGGGGCAGCUCACAGCCCCGGAGGGAGCAGCAGGCUGCGGCUGUGACAAGCUGAAGAGAGCCGGUGGCAGUGCUAGUGCAGAGGACAAGACGCCGACCGUAGAUCCAGCUGUGAAAUACUCCACAGAGGCGAAUGAGAAGACGCCUGAGGUCCAGGAAGAUGAGAAGGAGAUACACAGUCAGAUGGUGUGGAUUUCUGGAGGAGAGUUUCUGAUGGGAACAGAUGACCCAGGCAUCCCUGCAGAUGGUGAGGGUCCCCAGAGACGGGUGCACGUGGACCCCUUCUACAUGGACAUCCAGGAAGUUACUAACCAACAUUUCCAGAGCUUCACCAGUUCCACAGGCUAUGUUACUGAGGCAGAGAAAUUUGGAGACUCAUUUGUAUUUGAGGGGAUUUUGAGUGAGCCAGUUAAAAGUCAGAUUACUCAAGCAGUAGCUGCUGCCCCCUGGUGGCUUCCAGUCAAAGGAGCCAGCUGGAGGCACCCUGAGGGUCCCGACUCCAACAUCACAGACAGGCUGGACCAUCCUGUUCUACAUGUUUCCUGGGCUGAUGCUGUUGCCUAUUGCUCCUGGGCCAACAAGAGGCUCCCUACAGAGGCAGAAUGGGAGUUUGCCUGCAAGGGUGGCCUGAAAGACAGACUUUACCCCUGGGGAAACAAGUUAAACCCAAAAGGACAACACUAUGCCAACCUCUGGCAGGGGGAUUUUCCCUCACACAACUCUGGAGAGGAUGGCUACGUGAAAACUUCACCGGUGAUGUCCUUCCCUGCUAACGGUUUCGGUCUGUACGACAUGGUGGGAAAUGCAUGGGAAUGGACCUCAGACUGGUGGACUGUGCAUCACACCACAGACCAGCAAAAUAAUCCAGUGGGUCCUCAGUCAGGCACGGACAAAGUAAAGAAGGGGGGCUCAUAUAUGUGCCAUAAGUCUUACUGCUACAGAUACCGAUGUGCGGCUCGAAGCCAGAACACUCCGGACAGCUCGGCCUCUAAUCUUGGUUUUCGCUGUGUUUCUCAGGAGCAACGAUGACCUGAACUGCUUGUCUUGAGCACAGACUUCCUUAAUCAAGCUGCUGCUUAAGCUCAGUGUUCAAUGCAGAGUGAAACCCAUGAGUAUUUGAAUCUGAUGGUGAAUCAUUUUGCUGCCAUCUCAUUACCCUGCAUCUAAAGACAAAGAAUGUGCUCCAUUACUGUAGAUUUUUCCAGAUGUCUUGCGUUUUUUAACUUAUAUUUUUUCAAACUUUUUCAUAUGAAGUGAGCAUAAAAGUUUUGUAGUUUGUUGUUGUGCUACCUUUGAUCAGAGGUGUAGAGAUAUUAAUAAAGGUAAUGCAAUUUUAAGUAA